AUGGAUCAGGAUCAGCACAAAAACCCUAGUCUCUCCACUGUAGAGGUGGACCGAACAGGCCACCCCGACAAGAUCGACCACCCAACAGCGCCAGACCAGUUCGACGAGCGAUACCGCACAACCCACACCGAGAUCUGGGCUUAUUACGCCUAUUACAUUGGAAACAACGGGUUAUCACUAUUCAACUUCGCCCCAACAGCGUUCCAAAACCUGCUAUACCAAGCCGCCCCAUCAUCCGGCCUCCUCAAAUUCGCCGGCCGAGAUCGCUCAAUAAACAGCAUCGUCCUCCUCUCAAACGGAAUCUCCUUCGCCAUUCAAGUAGUAGUCUUCCUAGUAAUAGGCUCAUUCGCAGACUUUGGCUACUGGCGCCCAAACAUCUUAAUAGGCUUGUCGAUAAUCGCCUACGCAAUCGGCUUUGGCUGGUUAGGCGUGCACACGUCCGAUAAAUGGCACGUCGCGGUCGGACUAUACAUGGUCGGAUUGAUUGCGUACCAGACUACCCUCACAUUCUGGACGGCUGCGUUCCCUAGUCUUGCGCGGAAUACGCUCGAGCUUAAGGAGAAGGCGGAUGCAUAUUCGGCUGGUACUAUCUCGCGCGAGGAGUAUGAUUAUGCUGAUACUAUGAUGCGCAGUAAACUUGCCAACGUGGCAUUUUAUGUGCAGUCUGUUGCGGAGAUUUUUAUUCUUGCUGUCAUUGUGGGCAUUAUGUUUGGGUUGAGGGUGAAUGAUAGUGAGGCUAAUAACAAUUGGGGGUUGAGUGUGCUCAUUGCAUUUGUUUCCGGGGUUUGGUUACUGGUUUCUAUUCCUUGGUUUGUUUUGGAGAAACGGAGGCCUGGGCAGGAUCCGGGGAAGAGGUCGAUUCUUGUUGCGGGUUUGUGGCAGUUGUGGCAUGCUAUGAAGCAGAUCUGGCAUUUGAAACAGAGUUUGCUCUAUCUUAUUGGCUAUUUCCUUCUUGGAGAUUCGCUGAACACGACUGUUACUGUUAUUUCCACUCUGCAGAAUAGCAUUGUGGCUUAUAACACCCUGCAAUUAACAUAUCUUCUUAUUGUCGGUAUUGCUGCACAGGCCGUUGGCAUCUAUGUAUUCUGGUGGAUCCAGCAACGCUUCAAGCUCGGCACAAAAACAAUGUUCAACACUAUCGCCGUCGGGAUUAUCUUACUAGACGGUUGGGGCAUGAUCGGCAUCUGGACAGACAAGUUUGGCUUCCACAACGCAUGGGAAGUCUGGGUCUACCAAACAUUCUACGGCCUUUUCAUCUGCCCCUGGUACAGUUACUCCCAAAUCAUGAUCUCAGAAGUAACACCACGCGGCCACGAAUUCCUAUUCUUCAGUCUGUUCAGCAUCAUUGGCAAGACAUCCUCAUUCAUCGGACCUAUUGUUUCAAGUGCAAUUAUUGAUGCCAGUCCGACUGGCAACGCCUCGACGCCGUUUUACUUUUUGUUUGCGUUGAGUCUUGUCAGCUUUUUGAUUCUGUUCUGGGGUGUUGAUUUGAAGAAAAGCCAGAUCGAACAGGAGGAGUUUUUGUUGGAUAAGUUGAGGAGGCUGAAUGGGAGUCAAUCUUCCGAUGAUGGUGUGGCCUCCAAUUCUGUUUGA